AUGUCUGAACAAGCCGAAGCUGGUCCUGCGCCAGGGAAUCCAAUCGUCUAUCUGGACAUCUCCAACCCGUCGGUGCCAGCCCCUUCGGACAACAAAGGUGCUGACCGCAUCGUCCUGGAAUUGUAUGCCGAUCGGGUUCCCAAGACUGCCGAGAACUUUCGUGCGCUCUGUACCGGCGAAAAAGGCAAGACGGACGAUGGAGUCGAGCUGGCGUUCAAGGGGAGUGGCUUUCAUCGGAUCAUUCCAAAGUUCAUGAUCCAGGGCGGCGACUUCACCAGAGGUGACGGUACCGGAGGCCUCUCGAUCUAUGGCGAGAAGUUUGAGGAUGAGAACCUCGAGGGAAAGCACGACAAGCCGUUCUUGCUCAGCAUGGCCAAUGCUGGUCCCGCCACCAAUGGCUCGCAGUUCUUCAUUACGACCGUGCCCACACCGCAUCUCGAUGGCAAGCACGUCGUCUUUGGCCGUGUACUCGCUGGCAAGAGCGUCGUCCGGCGAAUCGAGGCCACGCCCACAGCCGAAGGCGACCGUCCCUUGCAGCCAGUCAAGAUUGCCGAUUGUGGCCAAUUGACAAGCGCCGAGACGGGCUGGGGCAUCGAAAAAGACUCCACUGGCGAUGGAUUCGAAGACUUCCCUGAGGACAAUGCCGGCACCACUAUUGACGUGGAUGACCCUGAAGUGGCCUUCAAGAUUGCGACGGAGCUGCGGACGAUGGGCAAUGGCCUUUUCUCGCAGGGAAAGACGGCGGCAGCCUUGGGGAAAUACCAAAAAGCACUCCGUUACCUCCAAGUCCACCCCGUGCUUCCAGACACGCAUGCCAACAAGCAGCCGUUUGCCUCGGAGUACAUCGCGCUACGGACGCCAAUCCAGCUCAACGCUGCCUUGUGCGCCAUCAAGGUGGCGCAAGCCUCGGUCAAGUCUGAGCCGGCCCGUGUCUCGUCGCUCUCCCAGACCGCCCAGGGCCUGACGACGUCGGUAAUCGAGCGCGUCGAAGAAGCCGCUGGCACGACCUGGGAGGAUGCGGAUGAGACGCAAAAGGCCAAUCUUGCCAAAGCGUACUUUAGAAGAGCACUCGCCAAGAUCACAGUCAAGGAUGAGGAAAAAGCGCUCGUGGACCUGGACCAGGCCAUCAAGUUCGCCCCGGGCGAUGCAGCCAUUGUCAAGGAGAAGAAGAACAUUCUCAACCUUCGGGCAGAAAGGGUCAAGAAGCAAAAGGAGGCGUACAGCAAGAUGUUCAAAUAG